GGAAAGUGGCUGAAUGACAAGCUAAACUGGCUCAUCCUCCUCCUCCUCCUCUUUCUGUUCCUCUUUGUAUUGUCAUUGGGUGGCCCCUUCCUUAGGCGUCUGUCUAUCUAUCUAUCUUCCUUGAUCCUCAUCCACCUUAGCCACGCUUGCUUAGUGUUUCACUCCACCCACUCGAUCGACUGGCUUGUCAAGAUGCCCGUAGAAUCGGCGGUACCCGUAGGUGGGACGGGCGGUGAUGGCCCGGGUUCUUCAUCGUCGCCGGCUUCGGCCGUGGUGCCCUUAUCUGAGCGACCUUUGGCCAAAGUCAUCGUCCAUCCCUUGGUCUUGUUGAGUGUGGUUGAUCAUUUCAACCGCAUGCGGAAAGUGGGCCACGCCCGGCGUGUGGUGGGCGUACUACUGGGCUCGGUCACCUCGGGCGAGGGCGGCCAAGGGCGGGUUUUGGACAUUUCCAACUCGUUCGCCGUGCCCUUUGACGAAGACGACAAAGACGGCGAUGUGUGGUUCUUGGAUCACGAGUACCUCGAGAACAUGUACAACAUGUUCAAGAAAGUCAACGCCAAGGAGCGCAUUGUGGGCUGGUACCACACCGGGCCCAAACUCCAUCCCAACGACAUCAAGAUCAAUGACCUGCUCCGGUCGUAUUGCGAGAAAUCGAUUCUGGUCAUUGUCAAUGCCAAGCCCAAGAAUAUUGGAUUACCCACCGAAGCUUAUAUAGCCGUCGAGGAGAUUCACGAUGAUGGCACCCCCACCUCCAAGACCUUUGAGCAUGUGCCGUCUGAAAUUGGCGCCGAGGAGGCGGAAGAAGUGGGCGUGGAGCAUCUAUUGCGCGAUAUCAAGGACACCACUUUGGGCACGUUGUCCCAACGAAUCACCAACCAACUCAUGGGCUGGAAAGGCUUGAACAUGAAGCUCCACGAGAUGAAGCAAUAUCUCCAACAGGUCAUUGAUGGCAAGCUGCCCAUGAAUCAUCAGAUCACUUAUCAUCUUCAAGACAUCUUCAACCUGCUGCCCGAUUUGGCCGAUCCCGAUUUCGUUAAGAGCACCAAUGUGAACACCAACGACCAGAUGCUGGUGGUCUACACGGCUUCACUCAUCCGAUCGAUCAUCGCGCUUCACAAUCUCAUCAACAACAAGCUGAGCAACAAGGAGGCCGAGAAGAAGGAAACCACAACCACCACCUCCUCUGCGGCCGGAAAGAAAGAGGACAGUAAAGAGAAGACCUCGAAAGACGAGGCCAAGGACAAAGCCAAGGAGGAGAAGAAAUAAGCCACUCAGACCAUUUUAGGUCGACUUCAUCCCCCCUCGUAUAUCCAGACAAUUCAUAAAUAAACCAGCAGAACGCGCUCCCAA